GGCGCGCCGGAGCGCUGGAACGGCUGUACCGAGGGCGGAAAUGCUCUCGGCGGAAGUGGUAGCUGCGCAAGUUGUGGGUGGAAUGACCGCGGGCCGGCUCCUUCGAAGGCUGUUGCGAGCACCUUCCAGCUCCAUGGCCCAGAGCCCGGUCGGUGGCGUGUGCCCCUUGAGGGGCUUGCACGCGGAGCGCGGGCCUCGAAGGCUCUCCAUCGAAGGAAAUAUUGCCGUGGGAAAGUCCACCUUUGUGAAGUUACUCACGAAAACUUACCCAGAGUGGCACAUAGCUACAGAACCUGUAGCGACAUGGCAGAGUGUCCAGGCUGUCGGCACCCAAAAAGCCUUCACUGCCCAAAGUCUUGGAAACUUGCUGGAUAUGAUGUACCAGGAACCAGCACGAUGGUCCUACACAUUCCAGACAUUAUCUUUUAUGAGCCGCCUGAAAGUACAGCUGGAGCCCUUCCCUGAGAAACUGUUACAGGCCGAGAACGCAGUACAGAUCUUUGAGAGGUCCGUGUACAGUGACAGGUAUAUCUUUGCGAAGAAUCUUUUUGAAAAUGGUUCCCUCAAUAACAUCGAAUGGCAUAUCUAUCAAGACUGGCAUUCUUUUCUCCUGCAGGAGUUUGCCAGCCAGCUCAGAUUACAUGGCUUCAUCUACCUCCAGGCUACUCCCCAGGUUUGUUUGAAGAGACUCCACCAGAGGGCCAGGGAAGAGGAGAAAAGAGUUGAGCUGGAGUAUCUCAAACAGCUUCACGGUCAGCACGAAGCCUGGCUUGUUCACAAGACAACCGAGCUCCAUUUUGAGGCUCUGCUGAACAUUCCAGUACUGGUAUUGGAUGUCAAUGAAGAUUUUUCUGAGGAAGUAACUAAACAAGAAGAACUCAUGAAAAAGGUGAACACCUUUGUAAAGAAUCUGUAGCCAGUACCGGCUGUUCUUGCCGUGAUCUGGGCUCUCUGACUUUCCGAAGCUGGAAAAAUCCUGAGUCAUGCACCUUGCCAUCUUCUUUUACCCCUGGAGUCCUCUCUGACACUCAGGUCCAUGGUUUGUGUUAGCCUUCGACUUUGCAGUUAUUGUCUUUUAUAUCUCAAGGACUUCUAAAAUAAAGUGGAAGUUUUGCUUCCUUUGC